CGAGCGCAUCGCUCUGUGUCGGCGGGCGCGAUGGCUCCCCAGCGGCGGGCGGCUCCGCGGGGCCCCGAGAACGGCGGGAUGGUGGCGGGGCCGGACCGCGGGGGCCGCCGCCACAGCAGCGCCAAGAAGAGCAGAGGCCAGCAAGAGCCACGGUGGGGGUGGCUGAAGGCAGCGUUCCUGCUCUCUGCUGCUGCCAUCGGUGGCCUCCUGAGCUGGAGCUACCUGGGCACCGAGGAUGGGGUCACAGAGGUGCUGGCCCGUCACAGCGAGAACCUGCAGGACAAGUUCAUUGAGAUCCCCUGCUCUGAGGACUACGACGGCCACAAAAGAUUUGAAGGGUGCACUCCUCGAAAGUGUGGAAGAGGUGUGACUGAUGCUAUAAUCACGAGGGAAGAAGCUGAAAGAAUCCGUAGAAUAGCAGAGAGGGGACUGUCCUUGGGAGGAUCUGAUGGAGGGGCAUCAAUUCUGGACUUGCACUCUGGAGCUCUUUCACUGGGGAAGCAUUUUGUUAAUCUGUACAGGUACUUUGGGGACAAAAUUCAAGACAUCUUCACAGAAGAGGAUUUUGCAUUAUAUCGUGAUGUGAGACGGAGAGUUCAGCAAAGGAUUGCUCAGGCGUUUGGUAUCCACUCUGCUUCUAUGUACCUGACUAAGCCAACGUUCUUCUCGAGAAUAAACAACACGGAAGCAAAGACAACACACGAUGAAUACUGGCACCCACAUGUUGACAAGGUAACUUACGGCUCUUUUGACUAUACUUCACUGCUCUAUCUUUCUGACUACGCUGAAGACUUUGGUGGUGGACAGUUUGUCUUUAUGGAUGCAAGCUCCAACAAGACGAUAGAGCCCCGCGUAGGCCGGGUUUCCUUUUUCACCUCUGGAUCGGAGAACCUUCAUCGGGUGGAAAAGGUUCACUGGGGCACUCGCUAUGCCAUCACCAUCUCCUUCACUUGCAACCCAGACCAUGGCAUUGGGGAUCCAGUCUUGCCGUAAUUCCUCUGGGGAUGGAACAUGAGGUCAAAUGGAAUGAGAGAAGCCCUGCAAGAGGAGAGAGGAAAGAGGGAAAUAACAUCUCUUGUAACCUCACAUUCAAUUAGAUUUUCCCAGCUGUAUUAAGAUAUUGUAAUAUGUUUUGAUUUCACAUGCCUUUUUUCGAUAAACGUUGCCUUAAAGAUCAUCUAAAAUUUGGUAUAUUCUGAAAAUGUCUUCAUGUUGUAAAGGGACAGGCUACAAAGAGUCCUGGAGUAGGCUCUCUAUUUUUUGUAUUUUUUUUCAAUUCUCCAGUUUGAGACAAACUAUCUUUUUGACAAGUCUUGAUAUGACUCCCCACGCUGCUGUUACCUGUUGUUUAAUUAGUCUCUUGAGUUACUAAUGGGGUGUAGAAAGCUUGACCUAAGUUAGAGCAAGAUGAGUGUUACUCUUUUGAACAUACCUUCUGUUGAGAGGAAUAUAUUCUCCUUAGCAUGGGCAUUAGUGGGCAAUACACCUGUGGUUUGAUUACUGGGACUUACUUGAACUUUUUUUGAUUGAAUUACUACAGAUAUUUUCUGCUACAAACUGGGACUAGUUAAUACAAAGUCAGAAAUGCAAUUCUCUGGUUAGCCAGCAAACAUGUAACUUCUUGAAUUACAAAUGCUUUGGUGUGCUAGGGAGUGUCAUGGCAUUAGAUCCCUCUGAUCAGAAUGCAGUGUUCUCAGUUUGCCUCAUUUUCUUUGAAUCAUAAUGAAAAUAAUCAGUCUUCCCGUUGGCAGCCCAGCGUUAAGGUUAAGAGCUCUUUGUGGAGAUGGCUUGACCACAUAACCCUGUAACAUAAGUAAAUACCAAAAAGGAGAGCUGGGCAGAGGUAAUCAGGCUUCAUCUGAGCAUUCAUCUAUACCUAAUUCCCAAGUAGGGCAGUAGGAUUUGGGAGGGGAACAGCUGAGGAAAAAAAGCUAGUUUUGACAUGGUUUUCCAUAUGCCAGUUCUGGCCUCCUUAGACUCAAUCCUGUAAACUUUGGCUUGCUCUUGGAAGGCUGGCUAACAAAACCAUGUGGACCAGCAGAUUGCAGCAUGAGGGGUCUGAGAGGAAACUGGUGUCCACCUACAUUUUAAGUUAGUACGGUCUUGAGCUGGAACUCGAUAAUAAAACACUUUUGGGCCCAAUAAAUUCAUGUUUUCAAUGUAAUCUUAAGACCAAGCUGAAGGAAGUUCAGGGUUUUUUAUUGUUGAUGCAACUAAAUCUUGUGUUGUGAAAUACUGUGUUUUAUCUUGUCCAAAACAAUGUUUUAUCUGUUUCAGAAAGUUCCUCAAUGGCUCUUUUUGAACUUCUCUUUUUUUCAGUUUAGUAUGAAGACUUUUUCCUAUUAACUAGGACCACUGGUCUGUGAUGUUCCUUGAAUAAUAAAUUGUGAGGACUUCAGAGAAGAGGGGAUGAUUGCAUUGCAGUACAGAUGAAGUAACAAAUAAAUGUGUGAUCUUGCCAACUACUUUGCUUUCUUAUUACAAGCAAAGAUUUUUGCAGGUCAGCACAUUCAUAAAUAAAUGGUAGGAAACCCUAAUUUUUUUUCUCAAUCAAAUUCUGAAGCAAACAUGUUGAAUUGUUUUAUUAAUAGUCUGUGUAAUUUCUGUGAAACACUUUGAAAAUCUGGAAGUGUGCUUUGAUUAUUUCUAAUUUUAAUGCAUACAGUUUUCACUUUUGUUCUAAUCUCCCCUUUUAUGGGAAUAAUGGGUAUUGGGGGCGUUACACUGAAGAUCAAUAUAAAGAGGAAUGAUGACAGGACGCUUGGAUUUGUUCUAUUGUGAGUGUUCUCAUUUGACGCACCAGCAAGAUUAGCCUUCUGUAAUUUAAUUUCUUUGUUUUCAAACCUGAAAAAGGCUUCCUUGUCCAUGCUAACAAGGAAGAAUUGUUAAAAAUGGCUGGAUGCUAGGAAAUAAUAAAGUCAGUUGGGUUCCAUGUCUAAAUACUUGUCUCAAGGCCUGUUAAUUCCAAGAAAUCUGCAUUACACCCAUGUUGUAAGUUGAUGUGAAGGCAGACCAAGAUCACCAGCAACUACUGGUUUAAAAUAUAAUUCCUAAUGUUACUUUGAGAUUUAAAUGUAGAGUCUUUUUCACAAAAAUACCUGAUAGCAGUGGAAUCUAAGUAUGAAUGGACCUGUGUGGAUUUGGGUUGGGAUUCUCCAGGUUGAGGUCCUAUGUUCCAAAAUUCUUAACUUCACUGUAAGUCCUAUCACUGCUCUGCAACACUGUUGUAUAAAUUGCUUUGCUACUUUUAAAAGUGUUAGUCGCUUCUGUCUGUCAUGCAGGCUUUGAGUUGCAUGAAAUGAAAAUGGCACUUUCCAAGCUGCCCUCAACAAGAUCAUGUUGGACCAUAGGGGAAGUCUCAGCUAAUCUGCUCUUGGAUUUUCAUCUUUGAAGAUCCUGUGUAUUAUAAUAUCUCCCCAACAUGGUGCAUCUCUCAUGCUAUGAAUUGACUGUUGUUCAGAAAUAAAAUCAAGUUGGUAUUUGUCCUUUGGAGUUUUUAAGCUUCAGUAAUGUGUUCAAUAUGAUGACCAAACCUGUCAGAUAUAAUUUGUGGGAAAAAAAAGUGUGCUAGUACCUGGUAAGAGAAUUAAUCUUUUGAAAGAAGUAUAAUAAUUCAAUAUGCUCUAUAUUUUAGUACCAACCAAGAUUUUUGUAUUUGAAGCUUCAGUAUCUGGACUACUAAAAGCAGUAUGUAGAUCUAUGAAGAAAUUAAAUAGCAAAUGAGGAAGUACAGAGCAAUCUAAAAGACGCUGAACAUAGCCUCCAGCAGGAAAACAGUAACUGCAGAAAGGCUGAUGCUCCUGGGCCAGAGUGGAAUUUGCAGAAUUCACUGAUCAUUAGGAAUAAACUUGGCUUAAUUUAUUUUAGUCCACUUAAAUAUCCUGAAUAACUUUUUAUUAAGGGUAUCUCUUCCCAGUUCUUGACAGAUCAUUCUGAAUUUGAAAUGCUUCAAUUACUGUCUGUCCUCUUUCAGGUUCAGCCUGCCUGUUGCUAUUGGGAAAUACAGUGCUUUGUUUCUUAGAACUCCGAUUAUGCCGAGGACAGGAUUUGUUCUGUUAGUCUGAUGCCAUGCUGCUGCAGACAAGUGUUCUUAAUUGAACACACUGUGAUGGCAGAAUUUGGCUUGAUGUUUCCCAGUUGUGUGAGAACCUUUGUAAAGAACCCUCGUGGUUCAAAGAAAGUAAAGAAAGGUCAGUACAUGUUCACUGUGAGUUGGGGCUAAGUCCUGACAGUAAAUUUACAGCCUUGUACCUGAAAGCAUACUUGUUACAAGCAUUUGGGAAAUGUUGACUUUUUUUUUGAAAGAAAACUAUUUGUAAGGAAAGGUAAAGCCUCCUGGUGUGAAAAGUCCCAGGGUGAGCUAGAAAACACAGCAGGAGAGCAAGUCAGAGUUUGAAUCACUACUAAGAGAUUGAGUGAAGCUUCCUGAAGACUUCUGUGAAAUUGUACUACUCUUAAAACUAUCUUUCCAGUCAAAGGUUUUGGGGAAUAUCAGGAACUUUUGUAAAAUUAACACGUAGGUGAUCAGAUUAGGUUUUUAGUAUGAAACUAGUUUUCAAUCCUGUAGCAUGCAUUUGAUUUUAAUUUUUUCUCCUAUGAUAGGAUUCUAGGAACUCAGAGUGCAUUUCUUGGUAUUUCUCACAUGUAAAAUUUUCAUUGUGUAAGCAGUUGUGGAGCCAUUGUGUUUUUUUAAUUCCUCAUAAAUCAACUGAAGGUUUGGAAGGGUACGUUUGUGUUGAGAUUUUCCUGAAUAUGUGUUGUCCAUCUGAAAUAUUCUAAGCUCCAUCUAAUGAAUUUCAAGUCCAGAAAUGUUUCCCAGGAUACUCUAUUUACAAAAUGAUUUUUAAUUUGGAUUUAUAGCAGAAAUUUAGUUUCAUGUCUUAUUUUUAAGGUCAAUAUCUAUCUCAAUAGGAUACUUUCCGAGGCUGUAGCACAUAAUGAUGUGCACUUUACAAUAAAAGUAUAGCUGAAAUGGCAUUGAUAAUGACUAUGCUGUCAAGAAAAUCUGGGUUUGUUUCUUCUUCAGUUGCAAUUCUUUGUACAUUUGAAUUUCUCCUUUAUAGUUUUCCUUUCCCCAGUAAAUAAAGAUGGUUUUGGUUUUAA